AUGCACAUUGAAGAAAUUAUCUUGGACGGCUUCAAGUCCUAUGCAACACGCACUGUUGUCAGUGGAUUUGAUCCUCGUUUUAAUGCUAUCACGGGUCUAAAUGGAAGUGGAAAGUCAAAUGUAUUAGACGCCAUUUGCUUUGUACUUGGUAUUACCAACUUGUCACAAGUGCGCGCUAAUAAUUUACAGGAACUUGUAUACAAACAAGGCCAAGCAGGUGUUACAAAGGCUAGUGUUACAAUCGUAUUUAAUAACCAAGAUGCCAAAGCUUCACCUGUUGGUUACGAGCAAUACGAACAGAUUUCGGUGGCACGACAGGUCGUGAUUGGUGGCCGUAAUAAGUACUUGAUUAAUGGUCAUACGGCUCAAGUAAGUCAAGUGCAGAAUCUUUUUCAUUCAGUACAAUUGAAUGUCAAUAAUCCACAUUUUCUCAUCAUGCAAGGUCGGAUUACUAAAGUACUUAACAUGAAACCACCGGAGAUUCUUGGUAUGAUUGAGGAAGCGGCUGGCACAAGGAUGUACGAGAAUAAGAAACUAGCUGCACUCAAGACCAUGACUAAGAAGGAAAAGAAAGUGGACGAGAUUAACAGCAUCUUGGCCAAUGAAAUCACCCCCACGCUCGAGAAACUGCGAGCUGAAAAAACACAUUACUUAAAGUGGGCAGCCAAUAAUACAGAGAUGGAGCGGAUACAAAGAUUCUGUGUCGCCUACGACUACCAGAAGGCGCAGGAUGCACUGAAUAACACUGCGCAGCAUGUAGAAAAGAUGCAGCAGGCUCAACGAACGGCCAAGGAACAGGAAGCACAGAUUGAACAGGAAAUUGAAAAAGUGGAAGAGGAAGUUGAGGCACUUCAUCGACAAAGGGAGAAGGAAAUGGGCAAGGAGUUUCAGCAGUUGAAGAAUAAUGUGGAGAAGAUUAGCAAGGAAGUGGUCAAAUUCACCACUAAAUUGAAACACUGCAAGGCUUCGAUCGAGCAACACACGAGCGCGGAAGCAGGUAUGAAUGAUCAACAAGCCGAGACCGAACUGGCCAUGGCGAAGCUGGCCAAGGAUAUUGAAAAAGCCAAGGGGGAGGUAAACAAAAUUGAAGAGUCUUACACAGCCAAGGAGAUGGAGACAAAUGACUACCAGCGUCAGAUUCAGGCGCUGAAUGCUGGUAUGGAUCAAACUGGAGACAGCGAUGAGUCUCUAUCUGAGCGUCUUGCGUCGAAGCAGCGAGAGCUGCAGGAGAACAGCACUGCAAUCAAACAGAUUAACCUAAAGUUGAAGCAUAUGGAAGAAAGCAUUAAGCAAAAGCGUCGUGAGAUCGAGCAAACCAGCAUGAACAACCGCAGUAUGGAUGAAGAGCGUAAGAUCAAGAUUGGUGAGCUGGAGCAUAUGCAGCGCAAAGUUGAUCAGCUUACCAAUAGCUUCAACCCCGACGACGAGCGCGAGCUGCACGACCGCGUUCGUAAGCUGCAAGAUAAGAUCGCUCGUGGCGAGAGAGGUGUGGAUGAGAUAUCAUCAGGGCUAUCGUCCCGAUUGGAUUUCAAGUACACGGAUCCUUACCGUAACUUUAACCGCGAAAGCGUACUGGGUGUAUUGGUAAACCUGCUCGAGACAAAGCACGAGUGGUCCGCACUCGCUUUAGAAAUUGCGGCAGGUGGAAAACUGUACCAGAUUGUGGUGGACAACGAGAAGACCGCAAAGGACAUUCUCAAAUUUGGCCGUCUCAUGAACCGCGUCACAAUCAUUCCGCUUAACCGCAUUUCGCGCAAAACAGUAGACCCUCGUAAAAUGGACAAGGCCCGAGAUGUUGCCCAACAGCAAGGUGGGAAAGUUUGGGAAGCGAUGGAAUUGAUUCACUUCAAGCCUGACCUUCUUCCAGCGAUGCAGUACGCUUUUGGCUCUUCUAUAAUUUGUGAAACAAGCGAACUUGCGAAGAACGUUACGUUUCACAGGGACAUUAAGGUUAAGACGGUGACUCUCGAUGGCGAUUCUUACGACCCAGCGGGCACGCUUCAAGGAGGCUCUGCACCAUCGAGUGGUAUCCCAAUCCUUCUUAAGCUUCAUCAACUGAUUAACCGUACCCGAGAGCUCAGCGAUAUGCGACGCGAGUACCAGGACUGUUCUCGAUCGCUGGAUGAUAUGAAGCAGGAUUCCAGUCACUUCCGUCAGUUAAAACACCAGAUUGAAUUGAAGGAGCACGAACUGCACUUGCUUGACGAGCGCAUUGCCGAUAGUGUCUUUGCUCAAUUGGAACGUGACGUCGCUGCUUCUGAAGAGCAGUUCGUAUUGGAUAAAGAGCUACUGAUUACUAAAAAGGAGGCGGUUGUAAAGCUGACAAAUGAAAUAAAGAUCCUGGGCGAUGACAUCGCCGAUUUGAAGGAGUCACGACAAUCAACGAUAGUUGUGCUGGAGAAACGAUUUGCAGAGGCUAAAAAAGAGACCCAAAAGAUUGGUGUGCAUCUCAAGACUGCUCAGCAGGAACUAUCUGAGCUGGUAUUGGAAUCAGAAUCCGCUGAACAAGAGCUUGCAGGUAAUAACGAAAAUGUAGCUAGUAUUCAAAAAGAGCUUGCUGUGCUUCGUAAAGAGGAAAAAAAGAUGGAAGACAGGCUAGCUGAAAUCCAGGAUACUUACGAGAAGGCUUCCAAGAAGCUGGAAGAGCGACGUAGCGACUUGACUUUGUGUGACCAGCAGCUUCAGGAGCUUAGUGCUCGUCAGAGUGCUCUCUCAAAAAAGAGAAGUGACUUAGAGAUUGAACGCAAAAAGGCUGAGCACAAAAUUUCUCGGAUGACAAAGGACGAAAGUGAUGCAAAGAUGACGGUAAAGAAGCUGGAGAAAGCACACCCGUGGAUUGCCACUGAGAAGGAGUUUUUUGGACGCGAGCACACUGAUUAUGACUUCCAGCGACGAGAUCCAUUGAGCGCGAAUCGUCGUCUAUUAGAAUUGAAGGAAACUCAGGGUGCCCUGUCUAAGAAGAUCAACAAAAAAGUCAUGGGGAUGAUUGAGAAGGCUGAGCAAGAGUACCAAGGCUUAAUGAAUAAGCGGCAUAUCAUUGAGAACGACAAGGAGAAGAUUACGUCGGUCAUUAAGGAGCUCGAUGCAAAGAAAAACGAAGCCCUUCAGACAACAUGGGUGAAGGUGAACAAGGAUUUUGGUUCCAUCUUCGGCACGUUGCUGCCUGGAACGCACGCAAAGCUGGACCCGCCUACAAAUGGAACCAUUCUUGAUGGACUUCAAGUGCGGGUUUCGUUUGGUGGCGUGUGGAAGGAAAGCUUGACAGAGCUGAGUGGUGGUCAGCGCUCGCUACUAGCGCUGUCUCUCAUAUUGUCGCUUUUGCUUUUCAAGCCGGCCCCAAUGUACAUUCUGGACGAAGUUGAUGCUGCUCUGGAUCUGUCGCACACCCAAAAUAUCGGCCAGAUGAUUCGCUCACACUUUUCGCAUUCACAGUUCAUUGUAGUAUCACUCAAAGAAGGCAUGUUCAACAACGCGAAUGUGGUCUUCCGUACCAAGUUCGUUGAUGGUGUGUCGACGGUCUCUCGUACGGUUCCAAAAUCGCGUGCUCGGUAA